AUGGUAGAUCUAAAGUUUAACGUACCGCAAAAUCCAAUCAGAGAAAUGUCAUUUGAUUUCGCUAGCAUUACUUCUUCUGCUACUGCUGCUGCUGUUUCUGCUACUGCCAAAGUCAAGAAUUUUCGAGCCAAGCCCGAUCGAAUAAAGGAAGAAUUUGCAUCUGGCGAAUCCUCCACAUUUGAAGAACCACCUUGUAACAAGAGCAAGAAGAAGACGAGCACGAGGACAAGGCCGGAAACGAUGUCGUCGUCACGGUAUCACAAAAUCUUGAUCGAACUAGGAAAAUUCCUACGGCUGGUACUAUUAGGAGUAUGGUAUUCUCGACAUCACUUAAUUCACAGCUACGUGAUUAUCCCCUUUGGCAUCAUUGUCAUCUUGUCGAUAUUGUACGGGUUAAAUCAGCUAUUGACUCAGGUGUUCCAUAUCGAGUUCCCCAGUUCUGUAUUGGGAUUAUUGAUCAACCUUGUUUGGUUAUGCUUGUUGAGUUUAGUUGCUGAUUUGAAACAUUCGCCACAUGAACACAAGGUGAAGACUUUGUUGAGACUAGGCGCCAACUGGACCUUGACCAACUACUUGACUAUAAUCAAACCUUCGAUGAACUUCACUUUGAAAUGGAUUAAUGUGUUUUUCAUCCCGUCGUUUAUCAUUUUACCUUUGUCUGACCCCAUUACAUUUAUCGAGUGUUUGAAAAUUGCUGGGGUGUUUCUUGGUGGCAUUGUGAUUAUGAUCUUGAUUGAUAUUUAUUUUAUUGCAUUUUUAAAGUUUGCUUAUGGUAAAUUGGGGGUGUUUAAAGAGGAAAAGGAGUAUGUUGAAAAGGAAGAACAGUUUGAGUUGGAAUUGGAAAGUAUGGAAAGGAGUCGAAAGGGUAAUAAUGGUGGUGGCAGUGGUGCUGGUAGUAAUGUUUUUACCAGCAUGAGGGACGAUAUCACCACCAUUGACGUCAACAGUCUCAAAUCCGUCAAGUCAGUGCAAACGGCACCGGCGGCACUAACUGCAACCACCUUGCUCAAUGAAAACCCCUUUGAGCUGAAUGUGCAAUUACCUGAACCUGAACCUUUGUACCAUAAAGUCCAUCAUGUCGAAGGCACGGUGGGCCACCCUUUACAGCCACACAAGACAACACCUUACCCUCCAAAAAAGCACACAUCUUCGUCAUCUGCAUCACCAUCCUCUGCAUCGGCAUCGUCAUCGUCAUCUUCACCAUCAAAUUCGUCGUCAUCAUCUUCGUCAUCAUCACCAUCUUCGUCAUCUGCUGCUUCACCGCUGGACAAUUCAGCCGUGUCGUCCUCGAUCACAUACAAUCAACUCGCACAGCACAAAAUCCCCACCACGGAGCUACCCCCCGUGACGGUGUUCAUCACCCAAUACAUUGAUUGGGUUCUCUACAUCUCACUCUUUCUCAUAUCAUUGCCUUUUUACUACAUUUCACCCAUCCACACAUUUCUUCCCUACCAUUUGGGAAUCACCGUGAUUGCAUACUUCAUUGCAUUAUUAAUACCUCAACAUUACCCACAAACGAGGAAAUUUGCUCACCCCAUCCUCAUUUCAACGGCAAUCAUCUUGUUUGUAUGUUUUAUUGGCUCAUUAAUCUAUCAUCACCACCCCAGAGGCUUUCUUGAAGAUUUGAAAUUUUACAAAACGGGUAAAAACUACCUCAAGUUGUUCAAUGGCCAAACCAUGAAUAACAAUUCGAAAUCCACAACUCCACCUUCACUGGAUUUCACACUGACUCCACAAUGGCCCGGAUGCGGCGAUUUCUUAUCGUCGUUGAUGGACGUUUCCAUCGUGGCGUUGUCCUUGCCGAUGUUUACCCACAGACGCGAUUUCGUCAAGAACUUCUGGAUCUUGAUGCCGACAAUCUUGGUUAGUGUCGGCGUGACUUUUUUCACUUACCCUAUUUUCUGCCACACCAUUGGCAUUCAAGCUGAACGCUCGAUUGGAUUCAUUGGUCGAUCAAUCACGUUGGCGUUGGGCACACCCUUGAUGGGCUCUUUAGGAGGCUCGGUCUCAUUGAUGGCUGUCUGCACCAUCUUGUCGGGGAUCAUUGGUGUGCUCAUCAACGAUCCGCUUUUCAAAUUGUUCCGUGUGCCUAAGCAGGACUAUUUGACGAGGGGGGUAACGCUCGGCAUCAACUGCGGUGCUAUUGCUACUGCGCACUUGUUGAAUGUCGACCCUCGUGCUGCGAGUAUGAGCUCGUUGAGUUUCAGCGUUUACGGCACCGUCAUGAUUAUCAUGGCUGCCAUUGGUGGCGUGCGUGAUUUGAUUCAUUCCUGGGUCGGCUUGGCCUAG